AUGAGAACAGCUCUUAGAGGUAAACAAAGCGCAUUUCAAUUGUUGAUACAAAACCGUGCUGAUCUAACUUUGGAAGACAACAACGGUUGCAGUCUACUCCACAAGGCUACCCAAGGUGGAAAUACAUCCAUUGUCAACGAACUGUUAUCGCUUGGUCUUGAGAGAGAUUCAAGGAACAAUUACGGCGUCACUCCACUGAUGGCUGCAGCUUGUUGUGGCAAACAAAGUACUUUUGAGUUGUUGUUAAAACAUGGGGCUGACGCGUCUUUAAAAGACAACCUGGGCAACUGUCUACUCCACUGGGUCGCACAAGGUGGAGAUACAUCCAUUAUCAACAAAAUGCUACGGCUUGGUCUUGACGUCGAUUCAAGGAAUAAUGCUGGUGCCACUUCACUGAUGAAAGCAGCGUAUAGCAGCAAAGAAAUUGCAUUUCAGCAGUUGAUACAAAACGGUGUUGAUCCGUUUUUGAAAGAUAACGGUGGGUACAGUAUGCUCCACAAUGCUCUACAGGGUGGAAAUGCAUCCAUCAUAGACAGUGUUUUAUCACUUGGUCUUAAGAUAGAUUUAGGGAACGAUCACAGUGUCACUCCACUGACGACUGCAGCUAAUCGUGGCGACCAAAGUGCCUUUGAGAUGCUGUUACAAAGUGGGGCUGAUGCAUUUUUGAAAUGUGACCACAUCCAUUAUCAACAAGCUGUUAUCACUUGGUCUUGACAUUGAUUCAAGGAACAACGCUGGUGCGACCCCACUGAUGAACGCAACGUUUAGUGGUAAAGAAAGUGCGUUUCAGCUGUUAAUAAAAAACUGUGCUGAUCCAUCUUUGAAAGACAAUGAUGGGUUCAGUCUGCUCCACAAGGCUACAAAAGGUGGAAAUACAUCCAUCAUCAAUAAGCUGUUGUCACUUGGUCUUGACGUUGAUUCAAGGAGCAGUACUGGUAUCACUCCACUGAUAACUGCCGCCCUUGGUGGCAAAAAAGGUGCUUUUGAAAUGCUGUUACAACGUGGAGCUGAUCCAUCUUUGAAAGACAGUGAUGGCGUCUGUGUCCUCCACUUUUCUGCAGAGGGUGGAGAUAUGUUCAUUAUCAACAAGCUGUAUUACUUGGUCUUCAAAAGACCUCUGGGGGAAAACUUCGCUGAUUAG